AUUUAACGUUUUAUUCAUUGAAGGAUUGACUAUCAGUAACUCUGACGACCAAGUAUUGUUUUAAAAAUGCCUAAGAACAGACUGUCUAAAGAAAAGCGAGACCAAGCAAAAGCAGGCGAGAGACGCACCUUGAGGAUAGAAAGGGAAACAAAAGAAAAUGACCACGCAGAGCAGAUUGCGAAUGACGACUCCCUCAACUUUGCAGCGAAGAUUGACCGCUUAGCUGAGAUCCGAAAUUGGUUCUGCGCAGACACAACCAUUGUCGAUCAAUACAUGGCCGGCGAACUUUCAACGGCCGAAGCUGUCGAUGUUCUGGCUAAACCAAUAGACGAGGCCUACUCAACUGCCAACGCCGGUACGGAAUAUUUUCGACAAGAAAGAGUCGCUCGACAACAGCGCAAGUAUCAUAACCCCGAGAAGGCUCUUGAGCUCUGGGGACCAGAACAGGAUUGGCCUGAGCCUGAAAUUGAACGAGAUCAUUCUGGAACAGCUGAGAUGCUGCUUUGGAACUUAUGGUACUCUAUUCUUCACACAGCAAAGAAAAUCCCCUAUACCGAUGAAACUCGUCAGGAGAAGCUAGUUGAUCUAGUCAGAGCACUCAAAGCUCGACCCAACCCACCGGAACCUGCACCAAUGACGAUUCCCCUGAAAAGAAAUUGGGUCUGGCAAUUAGGCACAGUCUGGAGCAGCCUAAUUAUUCUAGGCGCCUCAAUCGCCGAAGUGAGAAACGACUCUUGUGGAUGCGGAGCCGGUUGGUCCUGGCCAGAGCAACAUGCAGAGCAGAAUCUGAACGCGUUCUAUGCUCGAUUGACUGCCAGCGGAGUGGCAGAUAUACACAUUCAAGGAGAGAUAUGUGCUGUCGACGCGCUGGAAAAGGCCCCGACGCCAUGGUAUCGCCGUGUAUCACCACCACCAGAUCAUGAGAUUCUUGGGCAUUAUGUUACUUGCGCUGCAUUAUGGACUACCAUUGCGGGAAAGGAGGUUUAUGCGGAGUAUCCGCUUACGAGAGAUGAGAGGGAUAUUCAGGUGGUGGAUAGGAUUUUGGGGUUGAGAGAUAAUGAACUUCCCUGGAAAAGAUCGCGGAAGAGGUAUAAAGGCCGGGCAAGAUGGGAGACUGCACGAAGGGAAUUUGCACGGAGACGGUUUGAGGUUGAGGCUCACAAUGAGGAUCUAUCGCCGGAAGUUCGGGAACUAGCUGCACGAGCUUCAAAUGCAAUGGCUGGUAUUGUUUGGCAAGAGCAGAAGGAAGCCGACUAGUCUCACUCAUACCGUUUGAAGGUUUCUCUCGUUGACGCGUUAUCAUUGUGUCAAAGUGGGCAAGACACGCCUUUUCCCAUUCAAGAAUUGGCACAUGCAUGAAACUAUAGGCUUUUAAACACUCACCGUGAUGGACAUGUUUCAGU